UUUCAGUUUUUGCAGGUUAAAAUAAUUAAUUUCAAACGAAAUGAGUGCCAAAUCUCGCGCAAAGGCUGCCUCAAAGCCUCGACAUCAAUCCACUCCGUUCCCAAAGACGAAACAGUUUAAGUGCACAUGGGAUGGUUGUGAUCAUCGCGUGUUCUAUACGAGCCGUGGGCUUCAGUGGCACACUAGCGUAGCACACAAACUAGAUAAUUCUGAGAUUCCAUCGACGCGGCUUCAACUCUCCGACGACGAAGCUCCGCCAUCAUCUCCAUCGCUGAAUUUGAGCACAAGAUCCAUGCGAAAGAGAUCGGUCCCCAUUCCGCUUCCAGAAGACUCGAAAGAAAUGGUGGCUUCGAGAAAAUCAACGCAGAAGAAGGCAAAAAAGGAGAAGACCCCAGAGAAAGAAGCAACUCCGGAACCGGAAUCUCCUGACGAUUCGGGAUCCGAAGAAAUCGAUAAUGAGAUGAUGGAAGAGGAGAAGCAGGAGUACAAGUUCGUGUAUAACAUUGUCGAGCGCGUGCCGCCUCCACAAACUGUAUUCUCUGUCGGCGAAAUGGGCAAGAAGCUGCUGCCGGAGCUCCAGGCGAAGGUCUCUCUCACCAAGAGAAAGCACAAAGAAGACUACUGCAUCGCGUGCCUCGACUACAAAUUCGUCACCGGAGAGUGCUCCAAGGCUCACGAUGACAACGCGGAUCGCUUGCAGAAGUUCUGGAAGAGCGAAUUCCCACACACCGAGCCACUCACCAAGGCCAUCGUGCUCGCCGAUCUCACAACAAUUGCCGAAGAAUGGGUCUGAAUCGUUGUAUCAUCCAAUUAUAUAUUUUAUUUUUAUAUUUAUAUUUACUCGUCCCUCAAGCAUCUCUGACAAAUUCCACUGGCUUUUUAUUCUAAUUUAUUCAUAUUUUCAAAUUGCCCCUCGAAUAUUUUUUAUUGUUGAAUCAAGUUUUCAUAGCAAUAAACUCUGUCACAUAUUUAAAAAUCU